AUGUGGAAGAGAGCACGGGAAUCCGUCUGCCUGAUCUGCCGGUCGGCGUCAACACCUACCAGAGCUCUUUUGGAGCCAGCCCAGCCAUGGCUGGGCCAGAGAACCUUUGCGACAAGGCGACCGGAGCGGCCGUCCCGCAUGGUGCUCUCCGACAGAGUCGCCCGUGGCCCCUCAUCACCGCCUGGGAAAGGUGGUGAUGCCCCCAAAAAACCUCGAAACAAACCAGACGGCCCUUGGGCCGGCAUGAACCGAACAGUAGCCAACGUCGACCGCACUCGAUCCCCUGCGAAGUUUGCCUCAACUCGUGGCCGCGACGAUGGGAACGGCAAGGAUGACAGGAGGGGCGGCAAGGAGCGAGAUUUCAAGGCGUUGAAGAUGCAGCGCGCCCUAUCUACCGUACCCUAUUCUCUACGGCAGGCCGUCAAAGCACGACUUACCGAGAUCGAAUCGUUUGACCAGUUUGACCUCAGGCAAGACGUGAAGGAUGCCGUCACAAACGAGGUUUUGAAGGGCAUGACGGAUAUCAAGCCAACACCAGUGCAAAAGCUGGCCAUCUCAGCCAUGUUGGGGAACCCACUGAAAGAGCUCAGAAUAAGGAGGAGGUCCAAGGAUGCUUUACAGAGGGAGGAGUUCUUGUUGGCCGCCGAGACCGGUUCUGGCAAAACGCUGGCGUAUCUUUUGCCAACAAUUCACCACCUUCGGAAACAGGAGGCCGAGGAUGAGAACGUCGCUAGGUACAACGAACGUCUCCAAGUUGAAAGAGAACACCGCAACGGUGCGCCGGUAUCCGAGUGGAUCGAGAAGUUUGAACCGCAUCCUAAUACUGCUCGCCCCCGCGCCAUCGUACUGGUGCCGACAGCCGAGCUGGUUGAGCAAGUCUACAAGGUUGCGAAGUCCAUCUCCCACGUGGCCAAGUUCAAGGUCCGCCCUCUUUCGGCCAACUACAAUCCCGCCAAGAUCCAACGCAACUUGUACAGCCAUGGCGGGAUCGAUAUGAUCAUCUCUACUCCUCACAUUCUCGCCAAGAUCGCGGAAAGGGACCCCAACAUCCUUUCUCGGGUUCACCACCUCGUCAUUGACGAGGCUGACUCUCUGUUUGAUCGGUCUUUCUCCCCCGAGACCGGAAAGAUUGUGGAUCGCUCGCUGCCUUCGCUCAGGCAAAUGGUUCUCUGCUCGGCCACCAUCCCUCGUCGCCUCGACAACUACUUGGAUGCCCAUUUCCCCAACAUCCAACGCAUUGUCACCCCUAACCUCCAUGCUAUCCCCCGUCGUGUCCAACUCGGUGUGAUUGAUGUGUCCAAAGACCCAUACAGAAACAACAAGCUUCUCGCCUGCGCCGAUGCCAUCUGGUCCAUCGGCAAGGACGCCGCCUCUCACGACGGCCCUGGUGGUCCAAGUGAAAUCGACGUCAAGCGCAUCAUGGUCUUUGUCAACGAGCGUGACAGCACACAAGAGGUCACGGACUACCUCAUCAGCAAGGGUAUCGAUGCGGUAGCGCUGCACAGAGACACGUCUGACCAGCGCCAGGCGGAGGCCCUCGCCACAUUCACCAGCAACGAGCCCCUCAGGAUUACCAAGGAGGAAUCAGAGAAGAGGGCUCAGCUUGUCAAGAGCAGGAGACAUUUGCCCAACACCAAGGUGAUUGUCGCCACGGAUCUGGCGUCGAGAGGUAUCGACACCCUGGCGGUGAGGCAUGUGGUGCUGUAUGAUGUGCCGCACACCACGAUCGAUUUCAUCCAUCGCUUGGGCAGAGCGGGCAGAAUGGGGAGGAGAGGAAGGGGUAUCGUGCUGGUGGGGAAGAAUGACAGGAGAGACGUAGUGGCGGAGGUGAAGGAGAGCAUGUAUAUGGGACAGGCCCUGAUUUAG